CACAUUGGAAUCUUCAAUUGUAGCGUCAUUUGUUGUAGCAAUGGGGUUAUGGAAAGCACCCGAUAACAUAUACAGCAGCUGAAAAUGUCUUCUCAGCUAAACGACCCCACGCCUGUCCCGGCUCAGUCCUCUUUAUCGUUUACACAAGGGUUCUUGCUGGGACAGCUCUCCGUCGUGCUUCUCAUUGCUGCCUUCAUCAAGUUCUUCAUCUUCGGCGAAGCGCCGCCUCCGCCCUCUCGCGGCCUUUCUCAUCGUUCGGCGACUCAUCGGCGUUCCAAUUCGAUUUACAGCAGCGCACAACAUGAUGGAAGCACAAGAACAUUGAGAGAAAAGCCAUCUAACUCGAACGUCCUCCGUCCGGUACCGUCCUCCGCGACCAACACCCGCUCCAUCCUGCGAAAGACCUACUACACUGCAAUCCCCACCAAUCCCACUUCGAAACAUGGACGACACAGGAUACACCAUUCUUCACACCAGCCAGAAUCGUUGGACUGGUUCAAUGUUCUCAUAGCUCAGACCAUUGCUCAGUACAGACAAACGGCAUAUAUGCUGAAGGACUCGCCGACAUCAUCCAUCCUCAGCUCGCUAACGGCGGCCCUGAAUAACCCCGAGAAGAAGCCAUCAUUUAUAGAUAAAAUUACUGUGACGGACAUAUCUCUAGGGGAGGAGUUUCCGAUUUUCAGCAAUUGCCGGAUCAUUGCUGUUGAUGACCCAAAUUCUGACGGUGGACGGCUUCAGGCACUGAUGGACGUCGACCUGAGUGAUGAUAAUCUCUCCAUCGCUAUCGAGACGCAGUUACUUCUCAAUUAUCCGAAGCCAUGCUCUGCCAUCCUUCCCGUGGCACUCUCGAUCUCUGUUGUCCGCUUUUCAGGGACCCUUUGCAUAUCACUCGUUCCCGCUUCCACGCCUCCACUCGACACUCCAUCCCAUUCCCCAUCUCCCCCUACCGCCCAGACAACAACGAACGGACGCUCAAAGCGCGAAGAUCAGACGGGUGGAAGUCACUCUCGCGCAGGUGGCUCCUCGGAGGAACCCAGCGGUGAAAAUCCGCCGAAAACCAGUCCGAAGAGCAACGUUGCGUUUUCUUUUCUUCCAGACUAUCGACUGGACCUCUCCGUGCGGUCGUUGAUCGGCUCUCGUAGCAGACUCCAGGACGUCCCUAAAGUCGCUCAGCUGGUCGAAGCUCGUGUUCAUGCAUGGUUUGAGGAGCGCGUUGUCGAACCUCGGGUGCAGGUCGUGGGAUUGCCAGACCUCUGGCCUCGCAUGGGCAGAACAGGCGUACGGACCGGCGAUGAUUCGGAAACGGGCUCUAAUGCGCCGCGGAGUAGCACAGCGGCGGAUGCCAGCGGGUCUGCCCGUCACGAGGACUCGUCUCGCGAACCAGAGGUGCUCAGGUUUGGAUCACUGUUGGGCGCACGGCCGCCAUUUGACCUUGCGUCCCGAACGAGCAGCUUCAAUGUUGAAACUGGGGACCUCCGCAGCCGCAGCAUGACGCGGGAAGAGAGCAGUGGUAACUUGAGCGAUCAAUUCCACAUGCCUGGCUCUCUGCCAGGAGGUGGUGUAACUACGACAUGAGUCAAUAUCUUGACCGGUAGCUUAAAAGACAUAAAAAUGACAUGUUUUUCACAAGUGCCUGGGGAUUCCAUAGUCGUUGUACGUGAAAAGUGUCAUGAUCUAUCGAACUGCUAUGAUAUAUACAAAACCAUCAGUUAUGAGCUACAAGCACCGGAAUCUCAUGGCAAACGGUAGUCUUGGCCCCGCUAUCAGCCAUGCCUCUCACCAUGCUGGCAAUUAGCAUUAAGUCAUCAAUGGAAAGCAAAUGUUCUAAGCAACAGCCUUGUUCUGGACCGUGCGGAGGUAAGACUGCCGAUGAGCGUUCUCAUCGACAUCAGGGGCACGGUUCAAGGGGUCCAUUUAGGCUCUUCCUGGAAAAGGCGCAUAGCCUUGACGUACUGUGGAC